AUGUGGAGAAAAUCUCCUACCAACCCCCCAUCAGGCCGUGAUGAUCACCCGUUUCAGUACCCAUCCUCCGAUGCUCCUGCUGGCCCUAGCGCUACAGCUGCAGCUUACAGCGGCGCUGCUCGUCGUUCUCCUUCGCCUGCUGCGUACGGGGAUACGUACCCAAGCACUGCAGCUGCAGCCGCAGCUUACACCGGCGCUGCUCGCCGUUCCCCUUCCCCUGCAGCUUACGCCUGUGCCGCGCGUCGUUCCCCCUCCCCUGCUGCGUACGGAGAUACGUACGCAUACGAGGAUGCUGACGUGGCGGGCGGCGGCGGGCUGCUUCCCUGGAAAGGGGAAGAUUCUCUAAUGAUAGACCGCUUUGAUGUCAGGCAUCUAUUGGACGAUCUUAAAACUAUCAGGCGGAAAAAGGGGGGACGAGGAGGGGGGAGAGGGGGAGGGGACGCAGGGGAAGGUGGGGAGGAGGAGGAGGUGGAGAAGGAGAGAUAUGUAGAGCUGGAUAUGGUUGAGAAAGAGGAGAGGCGGAAGGCAGCAGCGGCAGAGGCGCAGAAAAAAGAGGAAGCGGCUGGGGGGGCGGAGGAUGUGUGGGGGAGGGCAGCUAGGCGCAGAGGAGGAGGAUUCGCCGUGGCAGCGGCAGCAUCAGAGAAUGUUGCUGGGCAUGGGCAGGGUACGAGGCUUGUGCUUUCUGGGAACCACAGCUUGCAUGUGUUCUUCCAGCAGCAGUUCUCUUCCGGCGUAUCUUUGCUCUCCUUGUGUCUCUUCCGCCUCUGCUCCUCCCGCUUCACUUCAAUCCUCCCUUUUGUUUCUCCCUUCUUCUUGCGUUCCCUCUCCUCCCCCCGUCUUCUUUUCUCUCCCUUCACUCGUCCAGCGUCCCAGACGCCCACUCGCCCCGCCUAUGCAGCUGUCGCCUUCAACUACGCCUCCUCUGCAGCCCCUGAUGAGCAGCAAGGAACCCUCCCAUCGUCUCCUCACAAGGCUGCUUCUGCUGGUGAAGGUGGUGAUGCACAAGCAUCAGCAGGAGCAGCUGCAGCAGCAGCAACAACAGGAGAAGCAGCAGGGGAAGGCAAAGGCAGCGGUGUUGUACCGCCCUUUGCAGUGCCCCCAGAGCUUCAGCAAUGCCUGCCCCCAUCAGAGAAAGUAUACACCAUAAUGGUGCGGACUGCUUCAUUCAUACGAAAGGCGGGCGCACAGGCAGAGAUCGUGCUGCGAGUGAAGCACAAGGGCAACCCCCCCUUCGCCUUCCUCUCAUCCAACCCCUCACACCCUCUUCCUUUCCCCCCGUUCUCCAGCCCCCAACAGAAAAGGUGGUUCACUGAGUCAGAACCUGCUGAAGCAGCGGAGGAGAUGGCGGAGGAGGGACGUGGGGAAGGUGGGUCUGAGAUCCCUGCACAGGAUAGUGCCUUCCCAGAACAACAGCCUCUCUCAGAACAGCCUCCCCCAGUUGAGCCUCCAGUGGUUUCAGAUGAGCCCCCCCCUCCUGGGAUGGAGACAGGAGAAGAAGCAGGGAGGGCAGAUCAAGGAGGAGGGGAGGGAGAGGCGGGAGAGGAAGGAGAGGAAGGUGAUGAAGGGGCGGAGGGAGGAGCGAAAGAAGCAGGCGGAGAAGGAGGAGGACGAGUAGCACCAGGGGCGACAGGAGGGGAGGAGGCAGGCGAAGUGCCCGAGUCGGUGCGGGGGGUGGUGGGGAAGAUGGUGGAAUUUAUAGUGCGCAACGGGCACGAGUUUGAGAGCAUUGUGCGGCAGAGGGACGCUGGGGAGGGGCGCUUUCCCUUCCUGCUGCCAGGAGACUGCUUCCACGCCUACUACCAGCGCACACUGAAAGAAGCUCUAGAGAGGGACGCGGGGGAGGGGUGCUUCCCUUUCUUAUUGCCUGGGGACCGCUUUCACGCCUACUACCAACGAACACUGAAGGAAGCUCUGGAGAGGGACGCUGGAGAGGGGCGCUCCCCGUUUCUCUUGCCGGGAGACCCGUUUUCGCAGCUACUACCAGCGAACACUCAAGGAGGCUCUGGAGGUGAGAUUGGGAGAGGGGUGAGUGCAUGCGGGGUUGGGCUGGCCUAUUCUAAUGUUAGCAGCGGGAUGCGGGGGAGGGGCGCUACCCGUUCUUAUUGCCUGGGUAUGGUAUCUCUUCCACGCCUACCACCAGCGCACCCUAAAGGAGGCUCUGGAGGCGAGAGGGAGUGUGGAAUGACAGGGGGGUUUGGGCUGCCUGCGCUAGUGAGUCUAGUUGCUGGAGUGAUGCUGGGUGUGGUGGGGAAGGUGGAGUGGUGUGGCGGGGAAGGUGGAGGGGUGUGGCGGGGAAGGUGGAGUGGUGUGGUGGGGAAGGUGGAGUGGAGUGGCGGGGAAGGUGGAGGGGAGUGGUGGGGAAGGUGGAGUGGAGUGGCGGGGAAGGUGGAGGGGUGUGGUGGGGAAGGUGGAGUGGAGUGGCGGGGAAGGUGGAGGGGUGUGGUGGGGAAGGUGGAGUGGAGUGGUGGGGAAGGUGGAGGGGAGUGGUGGGGAAGGUGGAGGGGAGUGGUGGGGAAGGUGGAGUGGAGGCCACGCCAAUGCCCCUCUGGUGUUGAUGCCACAGCCACCCCCUCGCCCUCGCCCCCCCACUGCGGUCCUACCAGGCGAACUGCCCGUGCCUGCAUGCCUCUCUCUCAGUCCGCCUCCUGCCCCUUGCUUUCCCCUUCCACCACCCCCUCGCCCUCGCCCCGCCACUGCGGUCCUACCAGGCGAACUGCCCGUGCCUGCAUGCCUCUCUCUCGCUCCUCCCCUCCUUCUCCCCUUUCCCCCCAUUCCUGCCCCUCACCUCCUCCACCACAGCGCGCCAAUGCCCCUCUUGUGUUGAUGCCUCAGCCAUCCCCUCGAGCUCGGGCCCCCACUGCCAUGCUGCCAGGAAAACUGCCUGUCCUUCUCCUCUUCCUGCCACAAUCUCAUUCUUGCUCCCCCCUGUCCUCUUCCUUGUCUCCUUUCCUAUCCGCCUCUUAUCCUGUCCCCACAUUCCCUUCCCCCCCACAGCGCGCCAAUGCCUCUCUGGUGCUGAUGCAUCAGCCGGGAGAGGAGGGUGAGGGUGGGGCGAAGGGAGGGAAGGAAGGGGUGGGUGUGGGUGAGGGGCAGGGGAGAGUAGGAGGUGAGAGGGGCGGGAGGGUGAGUGUGGAGAGGGGGAGCGCUGUCUCGCUGCUUGGUGCUGCUUAUGGGGAGGAUGAGGAGGAUGGGGAGAAGGAGGAGGGUAAGGAGGAAGGGAAGGAAGAGCAGGAGAGGGAGGAGGGAGUUGAGGGGAGGAAGGGGAAAGAGGAGGAAGAGGGGGAGGAUGAAGGGAGAGAAGGAGCCAGCAGAGAGGGGAGCGAAAGGCAACAGGGGGAACCAGCGGAGGAAGAUGGAGCAUCUGAGGAAAGGGUUACCGGGGAAAGAGUUAUCGAGGGAGUGGAGGGAAGUAGGUGGUUCACUGAGUCAGAACCUGCUGAAGCAGCGGAGGAGAUGGCGGAGGAGGGACGUGGGGAAGGUGGGUCUGAGAUCCCUGCACAGGAUAGUGCCUUCCCAGAACAACAGCCUCUCUCAGAACAGCCUCCCCCAGUUGAGCCUCCAGUGGUUUCAGAUGAGCCCCCCCCUCCUGGGAUGGAGACAGGAGAAGAAGCAGGGAGGGCAGAUCAAGGAGGAGGGGAGGGAGAGGCAGGAGAGGAAGGAGAGGAAGGUGAUGAAGGGGCGGAGGGAGGAGCGAAAGAAGCAGGCGGAGAAGGAGGAGGACGAGUAGCACCAGGGGCGACUGGAGGGGAGGAGGCAGGCGAAGUGCCCGAGUCGGUGCGGGGGGUGGUGGGGAAGAUGGUGGAAUUUAUAGUGCGCAACGGGCACGAGUUUGAGAGCAUUGUGCGGCAGAGGGACGCUGGGGAGGGGCGCUUUCCCUUCCUGCUGCCAGGAGACCGCUUCCACGCCUACUACCAGCGCACACUGAAAGAAGCUCUAGAGCGCGCCAAUGCUCCUCUGGUGUUGAUGCCACAACCGCCCCCUCGUCCUCGCCCCCCCACUGCUGUCCUUCCCGGGAAGCUGCCCGUGCCUGCUGUCCGCAAACUGAGGGAGGCAGAGGCGGGUGUGGUUCUAAGAGAUGUGACUCUAGCGGGAGGGGAGUCUGGUAGGGGUGGUGAGGCGGAGGGAGGGGAGGAGGAGCGUGAGAGGGAGAGGGGAGAGGAGAAGGGGGAGGGAGCUGAGGGUGGAAAGGGUGGGGAGGGGAGUGAGAGUGAGGGAGAGGAGGGGACCAAGGGUGGGGAGGGGAGUGGGAGCGAGGGAGAGGAAGGGGAGAUACGAGGGCAGGCGGGAGGGAAGAGGGGCAAGAAAAGGGGCGUGCAAGAGUCGGAUGAGGAGGGGGAGAGUGGGGAGAUUGUGAGUGAGGGGGAGGGAGAGGAGGGAGAGAAGGGAGAGAAGGGAGAGAAGGGAAAGAAGGGAGGAGAAGGAGGGGGUGAUAAGGAAGAGGAGGGGAGCAGAGAAGCAGCAAAGGGGGCAGCUGUGGCUGGUGGUAGGCUCAGUACCGCAGCAGUGGCAGCAGCAGUGCGUGCAGCGACGAGCAGAUUCCUCCUUCCCUCCUCUCACACCGCUUCUUCUGCCCUUCCAGCUGCUGCAGCAACAAACGGUGCUGCUGCCACUUCCACUGCUCCCUCUGUUUCACCCGCUGCUGCACCCGCCAAGGCUGCUGCUUUGGUGUUUGGAGAGGAAGAGGGUGGAGCCGGGGGGAAAGGUGCUGCUGGUGGUGCUAGUGCUGGUGCUCGUGCUGCUGCUGGUUCAGGUGCUGGUAACACAGGUGGUAACCGCAUGAGCGCUGCAGCAGUGUUGGAGAUUCUGAGGGGAAGGAGGCCCGGGAGUGGACCAGGCAGGUCAGUCACUGGGCAGGGGUCUGCUCGUCCUGCUGGUCAAUCUGCUGCUGAAUUAUCUGCUGCACCUUCUGCUGCUCCUCACGCUACUGUCACUGGUGUGGCCCCUCCUCCAUCUCUCAUUCCUACUGCUGCUGCUCCUGGUGGUUCCGGUGCUGCUGCUGCUGCUGCUGCUGCUGCUGAUGGUGGUUCUGCUGCUGCUGGUGCUGCUGCGGUGCAAGGAGGGGCUGUUGAGGAACUAACAGCAGAGGAGCAGAGGCGGCUGGAGAGAAGGCGCAAGGCAAAGCUGUUCUCUGCCAUGCUCACCUCUACAGCCGGUGCUGCAGUAGUCUGUACGUCUGCUGCAGGGAGCAGUGCUGCUGCCGCUGGCGUUCCCACAGAAAGGGGCGGGGGCACUGAUGCGGCAGCAGUAGGGGGCAGUGGUGGUGUAACGACGCAAGGGGCUGAGGAUGCUCUGGCGGCAGCGGCGGCAGCUGCAGCAGCAGCAGUGGCCAAGGCACUGCCCCUUCUUGGCUUGUCAGGACAGGUUGAUGCUGGCGUUGGGAAGGGUGGAGGGGGAGGAGGGAGCGCAAGCAAAGGAGCAACGGGAGGAGCAUUUGGAGGGGCAAAGGCAGAGGUUAAUGGAGUGGAAAGUGGAUCGGUUAAGAUGGGGAAGGGGAAAGUUGGAUUGAAGGGAGAGGCAGAAGCAGGUUGUGCAGUGGGGAAAGAGGAGAGCAGGGAGGAGGGGGAGAGGAGCGAUGAAGAGGAGAGAAGGGAGGACGGGGAGGAGGAUGGGACGGAAAGGGGGAGGUCGAGGAAAAAGGAGAUGGGGAGUGGAAAGAGGAGGGUCCUCGUCCCCCUCAUCUCCCUCUCGGUCACUUAG